UCAAAGCAAGGAUUCAAAGCCAGGUACUCAAAGAAGUUGGAAAAAUACGCUAGGAGCACUUUGUAGCACAAUUCCAGUAACAAUUGUUCUUAGGUUGACGGCAAAAGCUAUCACUUUUUAUGAUGUGAUUCUUGUGAAGCAUGUGAUCGUAAAAAGUCACUCAAUAUGUACUUAUAAGCUAUAUUUUUAUUGAAGACACCAUACUUAGCUAUAUGAUUUCAUGUCUCAAAAAAGGCUACAGGUGCAAUUUUACUUAUAUAGCACUUUGAUAUUCUACAGGUGCUUUUAACAAGUAUCAUCCUGGUUCCAUUCAAGAAACCAGCUUUUCCUAUCUAUUUCAAGCUAUAACCGAAUUCAACGCUGAAGUCUGGAUUCUAAUGCAUUGUUCAGCUCUUGUUACGAUGCAAGUACUGCUAAUUUGGAUCAUGCUUUUCACUGGAACUCAGAAUUUGUGAAAGCACAGCAGUGAAGCUACGGCGCUCUGAAUUUGGAAAGCAUCCUCAAAAAACAAUUAUGAUCAUAAUGCAACGGAACUUCAAGUAUGUCAUCAUUCAAGUAUUCUUGCCAAGCGUGUUUUUCAUUUUGAUCGCCUGGCUCAGCGUUCUGGUUCCACCGACAAUGCUUCGGACCCGCCUGCUGCUCAACUGCACCAAUUUGCUGACAAUCAUCUCCAUGUACUUAUCUGUCUCCAAGACUGAGGCCAAGCGCGUUCCAAAGGUCAGCUAUGUGACAGCGCUGAACCUGUGGAUGUUCGUCACCGUGGCCUUCUGCUUCAGCUCCGUGCUGCUGGUGAUCCUCGACAUCCGGCUCGUGGUGCUGCUGACCAAUCCGGGCCGCAAGCUCGAGACGCUGCUCGACUUCGUCCGACCCAAGAACACGCCCGAGCCGAGCGUCCAGCUCUAUCUGGAGGACGAGGACGAGGAGGGGGACGAGUUCGCGGACGCGUCGGACGUCACGCCCGAACUGAGCGGCGCAGAGCUCACCGAGCAGCAGCUGCGCGUGCGUGUCGCCGAAAAACGCGUCGAGUGGCUGGCUAGGACGGCUGGCUUCGAGCAGGUCUACCUGGUUGGCUAUCCUGUGCUGUUCGUUCUCUUCCUUCUUGCCUACUUCGGACACUUCUUGUCGCAGCGGAAAGCCAAAAUGACGAGCCUGAUGUCGGCGUCGCAGUCAAAUGACACGCUGUACCCGGGCUGCUAUUGUUUGCUGGAGGACUUCGACAAGGGCUGCAUGACGGAGCAGGACUACAUUGACAAUCAGCUGACGUGAUCAGCUAUCAGGUUAGGUCUGGCACUGGCCAGCAAGAAAGAGUGCGUAACUGUAUAGCUUAUAGGGGCGAUUCAAAGGAGCAGUGGUAGUAACUCAAGUGAAUGUGUUGAGCAAUAAAAAACUGAUAAUAUUUCAUAUAA